GAAGUGUGAUUGUAAAUGAUUAUUUCUCCCCCCGCAGAAAACAAUGACAUCAGCUCCGCUUUGUCCAAACUCACUGAACCAGCAGCAACUGUGCCAAUUGCCAAACUCUCCGUCUCCAAUAUGAUGCACAGUGCCCGAAAGCAUAUUCAGCGCCAUCGACGCAUUGAAGAGUCGCCACUUAAUGCCGAUGUCCUAAAUUCUGCCCUUCUGUACCUCUUUCCAGAUGCAGCUGUGGAGAAGAGCUCAGAUAAUAUGAAGAAUAAAACAAAGCCAUCACCCGAGCAGGAGAAAAGCUCUGAAUCUAACCUGUUCAUUCAGCUUAAAUCUGCUCCCAGUGAUAGUCUGACCUAUCGUCUAGCAUUAUGCGUGUGUCUGGUCAACUAUAACUAUGGAGGGCUGCGUGCUGUUGCCCACCUCUGGCAGGAGGUUGUUCUGGAGUUGCGCUACCGUUGGGAAAACAACUACCUUGUCUAUGGAUUGGUUGGAGGCGUUCCUGAUCUUCACUGUUGUCUGUUGCAUCAGAAACUCCAGAUGCUCAACUGCUGCAUAGAGAGAAAGAGGGCCAGAGAUGAAGGAAGCAAGGAGAAAGAAAACAAGUUGUCUCGUAGUGGCCAAAAUACCCAUCGUGGACCAGACUCUGGAACAACAGCAGCAGCAUCUGCCAGCACUGCAGCAAGAGAAAUGUCUCAUGGAAAAUCCUGGGACUCAUGGAGCGACAGCGAGGAGGAGUUCUUUGAGUGCCUGAGUGACCAGGGGGAACCGGACUUUUCCCACACCGAAGGAGAAAAGGAUGGCAGUAAAAGAAAAGCAGAGGGAAGACUGCAUGCCUUCAACAACAUGACUCUACUCAACUCUACAGAACCGCUCUAUGUUCCUGUCACACAGGAACCUGCUCCAAUGACAGAAGAUGUUUUGGAGGAACAGUCAGAGGUACUCGCCAAACUGGGCACAUCAGCUGAAGGUACUCAUCUUCGAGCUCGGAUGCAAAGUGCAUGUUUGCUCUCUGACAUGGAGUCCUUUAAGGCAGCCAAUCCAGGAUGUGUUCUUGAGGACUUUGUUCGGUGGUAUUCACCUCGGGAUUAUGUGGAGGAGGAGGUCGUCGAUGAGACGGGGAACUUAACAGUGCGUGGUGAGCUCAGUGCCAGAAUGAGAAUUCCAGGAAACAUGUGGGUGGAAGCUUGGGAGACAGCUCGAGUUUCUCCUGCACGCCGCCAGAGGAGACUGUUUGAUGACACUACAGAAGCAGAAAAGGUGUUGCACUUUUUGGCCAUGUUGAAACCUGCGGACCUGGCUCGUCAUCUCCUGCCCUGCAUGCUCCAUGCUGCGAUUCUGAAGUUGAAGGAAGAGGAGUCAGCAGAAGACAUCCCAUCAGUCAAAAAGAUGAUACAGCAAACUACAUCACAAACAAGCAAGCUGUUACAGUCUCCCAACCACGACUACAGUAAGUUAGAGGAUUCCAUCAAUCAGUUUAUGACCAUGGAAACAGUCAUCACCCGAGCUCGAUCGCUCAAAGCCAAGUUUGCUGUUGCUGAAGAUAAGAUGGCAGUGGACACUGAUGAAAUGGAAAAGUUCGUCAGCUCGUUGCUGGAAGAGCCAGAAGUGGUUGUAAACGGAGCUGGGAAAGGAGCUGCAGGCAGCAUCAUCCACAGACUCUUCAUCAACGCUCAGAGAGCUGCUCUCCUGGCUCCUGCUGAUGAAGACCUGGACAGUGAGAAGAAUCAGGCUGGAGGCAGAAACAAGGUUCCUGACUUCCCUCCUCCUGCAGGCCGGGAGAUCCUUUUGAGAACCUGCGUUCCUCGACCCGCUCCAUACUCCAAAGCUCUGCCUCAGCGGCUCUUCUGUGUGCUCAUGAAGGAUGAAUUCAGACUGGCAGGCUUUUCUUCUGAUAUUUCCUUCUUCUGAAAGCAAAAUGAAAGAUCAUCUUCUGGACCGGGAGAGUAUUGAAGUGCACAAAGCAAGAAAUGUUUCUGCUUCCAUUGGUUUUGAAAUCACACCUGUAAAUGUAAAAAAGAAUCACACAAACACAAUAGUA